AUGGCUGAUAGAGUGUUCGAAGGUAGAAUGGUUGGUGCAGCCCAAGUUUUAGAAAAAGCCGUCGAUGAGGAGCUAGAAAGGUUGGAGAAUUUGCAUCAAGAUGACUUGGCUGCAAUCCGGAAGAACAGGAUUGAUUCUCUGAAGAAAAUGGCCGCACAAAAGCAAGAUUGGAUCAGUGCUGGUCAUGGAGAAUACACGGAAGUGGCCACUGAGAAAGAAUUCUUCGACGUCACGAAGAAGUCGAAGAAUGUGAUCUGUCACUUUUACAAGGAUUCGACUUUCCGUUGCGAAAUCUUGGACAAGCAUCUAAAAAUUUUGGCCCCAAAGCACUUGGAGGCGCGAUUUGUCAAGCUCAACGUGGAGAAAGCUCCGUUCCUAACUGAGCGGCUAAAAAUCAGAGUAAUUCCGACUUUGGGAAUCGUGAAGGACUCCGUCACAAAAGACUUCAUCAUUGGAUUCACCGAGUUGGGAAACAGGGAUGAUUUUAGCACAGAAAUGCUCGAGUGGCGAUUAGCUCGAGCUGAUGUGAUCGAUUAUGCUGGGGAUCUCUUGACACCACCGGAUUCUAAGCCGAAAACUUCAAAAUUAUCGGUCAUGCUUGGUCAAGAUCGGAAAAAGACUAUUCGUGGUGGUGGAAGAGGAUCGGAUUCGGAUAGUGAUUGACGUCAUCAUCUCUCUGGCACCGCUGCAUUGCUUGAUCAAAGGCACUACUGAUCCAGCGAGCAGAUUUCUACAUUCACUUUGUUCAUAGCGAAUUAAUGGAUCUCUUCUUUUUUUUCGGCACGCCCGGAAGUUCUGUUUGUAAAUGGUUGACGAGAUUCACCGGUGGAGCUGCCGUCCUUUAAUUUUUUCGAUGCAAAUGAAAUUGAUCAACACAUGACUUGAUAUAAAAUAUCUGCAAAUUCAUAAUCGUUCGGAGUGGAAUUUCAAUUCGAUCUAUUGUUUUCCUAUUCUUACCGAUUGUUGAAUAAAACUGAUGGAUGGAAAACUUGAAUA